UCUCCGCUUCACAACACAAACAUUCUCUCCAUUUGUCCUUGAAUAUAAUACUCAGCAUGGCUAAGCUUGUUCUUUCCCUUUGUUUUCUGCUUUUCAGUGGCUGCUGCUUCGCUUUCAGUUUCAGAGAGCAGCCACAGCAAAACGAGUGCCAGAUCCAACGCCUCAAUGCCCUCAAACCGGAUAACCGUAUAGAGUCAGAAGGUGGCUUCAUUGAGACAUGGAACCCUAACAACAAGCCAUUCCAGUGUGCCGGUGUUGCCCUCUCUCGCUGCACCCUCAACCGCAACGCCCUUCGCAGACCUUCCUACACCAACGCUCCCCAGGAGAUCUACAUCCAACAAGGUAGUGGUAUUUUUGGCAUGAUAUUCCCGGGUUGUCCUAGCACAUUUGAAGAGCCUCAACAAAAAGGACAAAGCAGCAGGCCCCAAGACCGUCACCAGAAGAUCUAUCACUUCAGAGAGGGUGAUUUGAUUGCAGUGCCAACCGGUUUUGCAUACUGGAUGUACAACAAUGAAGACACUCCUGUUGUUGCCGUUUCUCUUAUUGACACCAACAGCUUCCAGAACCAGCUCGACCAGAUGCCUAGGAGAUUCUAUCUUGCUGGGAACCAAGAGCAAGAGUUUCUACAGUAUCAGCCACAGAAGCAGCAAGGAGGUACUCAAAGCCAGAAAGGAAAGCGUCAGCAAGAAGAAGAAAACGAAGGAGGCAGCAUAUUGAGUGGCUUCGCCCCGGAAUUCUUGGAACAUGCGUUCGUCGUGGACAGGCAGAUAGUGAGAAAGCUACAAGGUGAGAACGAAGAGGAAGAGAAGGGUGCCAUUGUGACAGUGAAAGGAGGUCUCAGCGUGAUAAGCCCACCCACGGAAGAGCAGCAACAAAGACCCGAGGAAGAGGAGAAGCCAGAUUGUGACGAGAAAGACAAACAUUGCCAAAGCCAAAGCAGAAAUGGCAUUGACGAGACCAUUUGCACAAUGAGACUUCGCCACAACAUUGGCCAGACUUCAUCACCUGACAUCUUCAACCCUCAAGCUGGUAGCAUCACAACCGCUACCAGCCUCGACUUCCCAGCCCUCUCGUGGCUCAAACUCAGUGCCCAGUUUGGAUCACUCCGCAAGAAUGCUAUGUUCGUGCCACACUACAACCUGAACGCAAACAGCAUAAUAUACGCAUUGAAUGGACGGGCAUUGGUACAAGUGGUGAAUUGCAAUGGUGAGAGAGUGUUUGAUGGAGAGCUGCAAGAGGGACAGGUGUUAAUUGUGCCACAAAACUUUGCGGUGGCUGCAAGAUCACAGAGCGACAACUUCGAGUAUGUUUCAUUCAAGACCAAUGAUAGACCCUCGAUCGGCAACCUUGCAGGUGCAAACUCAUUGUUGAACGCAUUGCCGGAGGAAGUGAUUCAGCAAACUUUUAACCUAAGGAGGCAGCAGGCCAGGCAGGUCAAGAACAACAACCCUUUCAGCUUCCUGGUUCCACCUAAGGAGUCUCAGAGGAGAGUUGUGGCUUAGAGCCCUUUUUGCAUGUGCUACCACACUUUUGUCCUUUUGGGCACUAGUUAGUGUGCGUAGCAAUAAAUAAGAACGAAUAAAACAACAAAGGCUUUGCUGCCCUUUGUUAAGUAUAAAAUAACGGGUAAUGUAAUUGUACCCUUGUGUAAUGAGUCACUCAAGUACCUAUGCGGGAAAAUCAUAAAUUAAAAGAGAAAUUUCAAUGAAUUUUCUGUCAAA